AUGUGUUGCAGGUCACAGCGAAACGGCGCGAAACUCUGGAUAUCAAGGAUACCGUUCGCACACAUCAGCUCGCCCUUGAGCGUCUUUAGCCUGCGCACAGCAUGCGGGCGGAUCUACCUGGCACUCUUCCUACUCCGCUGCUACAGUGCCUUCUUUGGCUACGGCUACAUCCAUCCCGAUGAAUGGAUGCAAUCAGGCGAGCCUUACUUUGGCUUCACGCUACCCAGCAUCGAUGCAAGGGUACCCUGGGAAUGGUGGCCCAACAAUGCCCUGCGCUCCAUCUCGGCUCUCCAAAUACAGUAUCUCGGUGUCGGAUGGGUCAAAGUUCUAAUAAAGGAGCUUCGUGCACCUACUGGAUAUGACCUCUUUCUCGUACAACGACUCAGCUCAAUGCUCUGGACAGUCUAUACCGACAUCCUAGUGACGUUCGUUUUUCCUCCCAAAACCGCUCGGUACAUGCUUUGUCUCUUUGGCAUCUCCACCGCAGCGACAACCUUCCUGGUACGGCCUUUCAGCAACUCCAUCGAAGCGCACCAGCUGGUGCUUUGCUUCUUGCAGGUCGUCAUCUUCUACCGGAACCGCACCUGGUACAGGCAAGGCGGCUUGACUGGAUCGCACUGGGGCGUCCUCACCGGUCUUAUUGCUGCAGAUGGCUUCUUUUCCCGCUUCACAUUCGCGAUCUUUGCCUUGCCAUUGGGUGCAUUUUUCGGGCUCAACCACAUCCGCAUCGCUGCUGAGGGGUACAUACGACCAGCAUUAAGGUCUAUGGCUGUCGCGAUCGCAUCCCUCCUGUUCUUUGCGUAUCAGCACGUCCAUUCAGAGACCCGCUUCUACACACAGGGAGGUGAAAAUGAUGGGGUCCAGGUGGCAACGCUCUGGGGGACGAGAUGGAUAAUUCCCCCAAUCAAUGCGCUACUGUACAAUCUCAAGACUGAGAACGUGGCUCAGCAUGGACUUCAUCCGAGAUGGUUGCAUGCGGUCGUGAACUUGCCGAUGAUGAUCGGCGUUGCAAAUAUCAUUGUGCUCUUCAUCCAUGGGCUGCACUUUGUGCGUGGCGUGCUGUCAGAUUCAGCUAAGGUCUCGCCUAUAAGUAAGACUGACGUUGCGUCAUCGUCAAAAGGAGAUGAAGAUCGCGCUGCGCGUGACACCACGACGAAAGAGGAAGAAGACGAGCGUCGGGCCGUCGAAGAGUCCAUCAAGACUGCCACGGCAAAGUGCAAGCCAGCGACAGAGGCAUCAACAGAGCCUGAAGUCAGCUCCAGCAAAGCAGCAACGAUGUCGGCAUCAGACCCUGCAACCGCCGAAGCGAGAGAAGAAGUAGUAGAAUACGUAGACAUCGAGCCUGUCGCUGUUAGCCUCUCCUUCGCCAUCAUCAUCUUCUCCCUUCUCGUCCUCUCUAUCUCACCCCACCAAGAAGCUCGCUUCCUCCUUCCUCUCGCCUUUCCCUCAACCGUCAUCUUCGCAUAUGCCCUUCAACACCCCUACUUCACUCUCCGCCCGAAAUUCACUGGUAUCCUCUUAUCGCUCCACGUCAUCCAACACGUCCUUCAACUAGUCCUCUUCUCGUUCCUCCACCAGGCUGGUCUCUUACCCGCCCUAUUCUCCAUCGACCGCUCCAUCUCUCGCCUGCCCACCGAUGGCUAUCCCCUCUUCGAUCGAUACGAACAUCAUCUUCUCUAUCGUACAUUCACUGUUCCCUUCCACUUGAUCCCGAGCAAAGGCAGAGGAAUGUACCCCAGGGUGGAAGAUUACGACUCGUCAAACAGCCCAGCUUAUGUUAUGAGGAUGGCGAGCAUAGCGUGCAACCACACGACGCUGUACGCGCCAGCUUGGGUGGUUCGGGAUCUGAAUUCACAGGCGAUAUGGCAAGGGCGAGUGGAAUUGUGGAGCACAAGCAAGUUUGGGUGGCAUGUCGACAUGGAUCAUCUGCCAGAGACUUGGGAAGCGGUGAAGGAGGUCGGGUGGAAAGAGGCUUUCACAAUACAGAAGCUGGAGAUUAGAUGCAAAUCGUACCCUGACGCAGAGGGAGUGACGAGAGAAGAUGACCAGGUGAUAAAGAAGCAGAUGAAGGAAGAUCCUCAGCAGCAACAGCCGCACGAGGAGGAAGAGCGGCUACAUAUAGAUCUGUAG